AUGUCUGAAAUCCGUAGAAAGCUUGUCAUUGUGGGUGAUGGUGCCUGCGGAAAGACUUGUCUGCUGAUCGUUUUCUCGAAAGGAACUUUCCCAGAGGUCUAUGUCCCUACCGUCUUUGAGAACUACGUGGCCGAUGUAGAGGUCGAUGGCAAGCAUGUCGAGCUUGCGUUAUGGGAUACGGCCGGUCAGGAAGAUUACGAUCGUCUUAGGCCACUCAGCUACCCCGACUCCCACGUCAUCCUUAUCUGUUUCGCGGUGGACUCGCCCGAUUCCUUGGACAACGUACAGGAGAAGUGGAUUUCAGAAGUGAUGCACUUCUGUGCGGGUCUGCCAAUCAUCCUUGUCGGUCUCAAGAAGGACUUGAGACGCGACCCCCGUACUAUUGAGGAGCUGAGGAAGACGAGCCAACGGCCUGUUACCCCCGAGGAGGGUAUGGCUGUCCAGCAGAAGAUUGGUGCCAAGCACUACCUUGAGUGCUCAGCGAAGACGGCCAUCGGCACGCGCUGCUCUGGUUUCGCGACUGGGACACAUUUAUUCUGUGUUGCACGCGUGAACACCGCUUCAAAGUCUGCCAUGCCGCCGUACACCAUCAGCGCGCGUCUUGCACAGUCGUCUCCGUCCAUCUCUGUGGAAAAAGGCGCAUACCGCAUGCGCGCGCCGCCAGUCCGCUCGCCGUCCAAACUGAGGCGCGGUGCGCGUUAUCGGGACCCUGCCCCGUCCUCGUACGAGAAACAGAUGGCCAUCCUGGUCGUCUUCCUGAUCUCAGCCACCAUCUCGUGUUUCUGCGCCGCUUACUAUCUGUUCACGACGAGGUGGGACUCUCGGGCUCUACCUUUUGUGCACGGCAACGCAUCUGACAAUUCCUCUGUCUCUCUUUCUGGUCCUCAAGCCGUCCAGUUCGACUUUGACCCCCUGAACUCUGGACGAGCUGCCGCACCCGUGUCGAUGGACUAUGAUUCUGGAGAAAAGUUUAUGGCGUACCUACCACAUAGUGGCUUUCACAACCAACGCAUUGCUUUCGAAAAUGCUCUCGUGCUGUCGCGCUUAUUUAAUCGUACUCUGCUUGUUCCCCCCGUUCGUCUGGGUAAUAGACCGUUAUACUACCUUCCGUUUGACGAGCUGCGAGACUCUAUCGAGAAUUCAAGCAAGGCUGGUUUUGAUUCCUGCGAUGCUAUGUCAGAAACUGUGAGCAACACCUCGCCAGAAUGUGCAGGCGACCCCGAUUUUACCUAUGUCCCCUGGGAAUGGCUAGUCAACCUCACGCAGAUCAAGUCUGAACAGAAACUACUCCAGUGCUGGGACUUGACUGACACUUGGCUAGAUGACCAGCUUGAUAUCCGCAGCGAAGACACGUUCGCACUCAAAGAUCUGAGCAGAAAUCAAUACAGCUUCCUGGACUUUAAGCCGUCUCCGCGGCCCCUCUCGCGGAAGUACCUGGAGCCUCUGCAGAUUUCCUCUCUGGCGACACGUCCAGAACGGCUUCUCUUUCUAGGUACACUUUUUGGCUCUUCGCGGCUGCACCUCCGCGACGCGCGGAACUACAGCCUGCGCAAACGCAUCCGCCAGAGCAUGGCGUUCACGAAUCCCGUCCUCACGGACAUCGCCAGUUCCAUCCAGCAUGCGCUCGGGCACCAGUACCUCAGUGUGCACGUACGCCUGGGCGACGGGCUCUUCCAGGCGAACGGGCCCGCAAACAUCCGCCUGACCUGGUGGAAGCUGCUACAUUCUGUGCUCGAGCUUUCUCUUGCAGACACACUUGCGCUUGAAAGGAAGCUUUUCUCUGGCGAGUCUGACCCGGCCGACUCGUCUCUCGCACCGCCUAGGAUUCCACUCGAUAUCCCAACGCUGCGCGCCCCGCACCCCCGCCUGCCCCCGCUCCCCAUGCGCCCCGCGCCGCCCCUAGCGUGCUCCGGCAGGCUGCACACCGCUCCCUCUCUGCAGGUGCUCAACACGCCGCUCUUUGUCGCAACAGACGUGGGCGAUCCCCGCGCGGACCCGCUCCUCUCGCGCUUCCUGCGAACCUUCCCGUGCACAUUCUUCCUCUCCGACUUCCCCACGGCGACGUCCGUGCUGGACUCGCUCGAGAGCGAGUACGACGACGCGAAGCUGAAGCCGUUCCUCAUGCCGUUUCUGGACGCCAUGAUCGCCGCGCGGGCGUGGCAGGUCGUGGGGACGGAACAGAGCACGUUCAGCGCGUUUGUGCAGGACGUGCUGUGGAGGACGUAUCACGGAUUCGAGAUCGUGCAGCGAGGAUAG